AUUAAAUAUCUGUAUCCACAUUUCCAAUUUGAACGGAGACAACAUUUGAAUCUGAUCACACUUCCAUGGAAACACUAGAAAAAUCUUUGAAUAUGUGGGAUGAUGAGUUUGUGCAAUCUAUGGAAACACCAUAUUAUUUAUGGGUAUCUGAAUGCCGUGAACGUGUUGAAACACUGGUUAAACAAGUCAAAAUCUUGUUAAAAGAAAUGCAAACUGGAUUUGAUGGCGAUCUAAUCCAGCGUCUUGAGAUGGUCGAUGCAUUGCAAUGCCUCGGAAUAGAUCGCUAUUUUCAGGAUGAAAUAAAAGCAGUUCUUGAUUUUGUUUACCGCUGUUGGGAUGGAAGUGUGGGGAUAGGAUUAGGCUGCAAAAGUGCUACAAAGGAUUUGAAUGCCACAGCUUUAGGAUUCAGACUACUUCGACUCCAUCGUUAUCAUGUCUCUGCAGAUGUGGUGAAGAAUUUCAAGGACAAAAAAGGACAGUUCCUUUCUCAUGGAGCAAUUAAUGAUGAGGAACACAUGAUGAGAAGUAUGAUCAAUCUCUUAAGAGCUUCAAGUCUAGCAUUUCUUGGAGAAGCCGUUAUGGAAGAUGCUAAAGUCUUCAGUUCUGUUUAUCUUACACAUUUGUUGGAAAAAUCUGAAGAUAUAAAACAGAAAAGUUUUUUGAAAGAGGCUGAGUAUGCCCUCCUAUAUGAAUGGCCUUCUACUUUCUCUAGAUGGGAGGCAAGGAGUUAUAUAGAAAUAUAUGAAUUGGAUAACUCAAGGUUGAAGGACAAAAUCAUUUUAGAGUUGGCCAAAUUGGAUUUCAAUAUAUUGCAAUAUAAAUACAAGAUGGAGAUGAAGAAACUCUCGAGUUGGUGGCAAAAUUCUGGGGUCUCGAAAUUAAUUGCAGUUAAAGAGCGCUCAAUUGAAUAUUAUCUGUUGGCAGUUAGUGUUGUAGAUAAUGCAGAAUUUGGUAGCAGCAGAAUAGUUGUGGCCAAAACAGCAACUCUUGUCUCUUUGUUAGAUGAUCUUUUUGAUAAUUACUUGACACUUGAGCAAGUUGAACUUGUUACUAAGGCUAUUGUUCAGGGUUGGAACAUUUCCAUUAUACAAAAUAUUCCAAACAAUUUUAAGAAAAUUGUAGAGUUUAUUUUCAAAACAUUGCAUGAAUUGACAAGUGAGGCAAGCCAAAUCCAAGGACGUGACAUGAUGCAAUUCAUUACAAAAGCGUGGGCAGAUUAUGCUGAAGCUAGUUCAAAGACAGUACAAUGGAAAGAAGGUCAAUAUGUUCCAUCCUAUAACGAGUACAUAAAGAUUGCUGCAACAACUGGAGCAAGUGGACUAUUGUCAUUACACCCCAUCCUCCUAGCAGUUCCUAAUUUGGAAGAUGAUGCCAUUGAGAAAAUAUUUCUCAAUAAAUCAAGAUUUAAUGAGCUCAUAUGGUUGACUAGAUGCUUAGUUGAUGAUGCUCAUGAUUUCCAGGAUGACAAGCUCCAUGGACAAACAACCUCAGCAAUUUCUUGGUAUAUGAAGGAUCAUCCUAAAUGUUCAGAAGAAGAAGCAGUAAUUCAUAUCAAUAACCUUUUUGACCAAUUGCUUAUAGAAUUAACAUGGGAAUUUUUGAAUCCCAACAAAGUUUUACUCAAAUGGGAGAAUUUAUACUUCAAUAUUGUCAAAGGAGUUCAAAGCUUUUAUGUAUUUGGAGAUGGAUUUCAAUAUCAUGAUAAGGGAGUCAAGCAACGGGUAUUCAAAGUUCUAUUUGAUCUAGUCGAAAUCUAAAAGAUAAUGUUUCUAUCAUCUAAAUGUCAAAAUAGAAAUUUACUAUAGUUGUCCAAGGGGUUGAGCCUAAUUGGUUAAAAUGUUGGGUGCUCAUUGUGGAGACCCAAGUUCAAUUCCCCAUAGAGACAUCUUAAGUGGAAUUCUAAGUUGUGACUCUUGGUCUUCCAUGGUUGGCUUCUAAUAUGGGGGUGGUUUCUAAAUAAAAGUGGAUUUCUAAGUGGUGACUCUUGAUGUUUGUAAUCAAUAUUGAUUGGAAAAACUUACUAUAGUCAU